AUGUUUCGCCGUCUUAGCGAGCGCUUGAGCUUCGAGAAGCCAGAGCCGAAGCCAUACUACUACAACCGCAUGAACCCAGAAGAGAUGCAAAUCUGGGAAAUCAUUGGCGAGACAGAAGAUGAAUGGCGAGCAAGCCGCAAGGGCAAGCUUCGCAAGCAUCGCCUCACAUACAAGGAGCGUGCUGAGCGACAACGGAUGUUCUACGACACCCGCGUCGGCCACGGUAUCUGUGGUGACGACUGGAUGCGCAAGGCCCUUCCCGGUCAGCGCCGCGCACCAUAG